ACUGCCAGGAAGAUCUUCAUCCCUGCAGCGCUGCUGCUAGAGUUAGAGAGAAACCUGCUGCCUCUCCUCUCUGUUUCUUUUGAUCUCCUGGAGAGGAGAGUGCCCACUUUCACCGCUGCCUCCUGCUCUGCCUGCUCCUGCCUUCAGCAUGGUAAAGAAGAAUACUAUCCCUGAUGGAUGGCGGAGUUUGACACCAGUUGGACAGCCUAUACCAGGAACUAGAUUUAUUGCAUUCAAAGUACCUUUAAAAGGGGCAAUUAACCAGAGGCUUACCCCAACCCAGAAAUUUACACCAAAAGACUUAAUUGCUGCAAUGAAAGCCCUAAAUGUGGAGCUUGGAUUAAUUAUUGAUUUAACAUAUACCACGCGAUACUAUGAAGUUAAGGAUUUACCUAAAAGUGUGCAGUAUAAGAAACUUUAUACUGUUGGACUUGAAGUCCCCGAUAAUGCUACUAUCCUACAGUUCAAAAAAUGGGUCAGAAAAUUCCUGUGGGAAAAUGCGGGAAAUGACAAACUCAUUGGCGUUCACUGUACUAAUGGAAUCAAUAGAACUGGCUACCUUAUAUGUAGAUACCUUAUAGAUGUUGAAGGCUGGGAUCCAGAGGCAGCAAUCCAAGCUUUUGGCGAUGCUAGAGGUCAUCGCAUGGAUGGUCUUGUGUAUCUCACAGAUCUCAGAACACAACCAAUGAGAAGUAACCUUGGAAUGGAUGUAUGGGAUUCAGAUGAAGAUAUUAUUCCCCCACCACACGCAAUGGAAGGACAUUUUGGGUUCUUAGUAGCUUUGGUACUUAUAUAA